AUGGAUCGCGAACAAUUCCGGGAGGCCGCCCAUUCGGCCAUUGACGACAUAAUCAACUACUUCGAUGACCUCCCGAACCAGCGCGUCCUCCCCACCAUCGAACCAGGCUACCUCCGCCCCUUAAUCCCGACCUCACCCCCCGAGAACCCCGAACCAUGGAGCGCCAUCCAAUCGGACAUUGAAACCAAGAUUAAGCCGGGCAUCACGCACUGGCAAUCCCCCAAUUUCAUGGCCUUCUUCCCCGCAGGUGUCACUUAUCCCAGUAUUCUGGGUGAAAUGUACAGCGCAGCCUUCACAGCCCCCGCAUUCAACUGGCUUUGCUCCCCGGCAUGCACGGAACUUGAGACAAUCGUGAUGGACUGGCUUGCUCAGGCGCUCGCAUUGCCGGAAUGUUUCCUCAGCACGUCAGAGAACCGCGGAGGAGGUGUGAUCCAGGUUACGGCGAGUGAUACCGUCGCGACGAUGAUGAUUGCUGCGAGGGAAAGGCGCGUGACUGAGAUUGUGGUCAGUGAGGGGUUCAAGCCUGAUACGGUGGAGUAUGAGGAUCGGAUGAUGGAGUUGAGGAGUCGGUUGGUCGCGUUGGCGAGUAACCAGGCGCAUAGCAGUACGGCGAAGGGAGCGUUGCUGGCGGGAACGAGGUUUAGGAGUGUCGAAGCGAGGUUGGAGGAUAACUUGGAGAUGACUGGGGAGAGGUUGAGGGAUGUUUUGGAGGGGUUGGAUCGGAAUAACCUGACGCCUUAUUUCAUUACCUUGGGUCUUGGUACGACGAAUUCGUGUGCCGUUGAUCGGUUCAGGGAGAUCAAGGCUGUAUUGGCCGAGAAGGAGCAUUGGAAGAGGAUUUGGGUCCAUAUCGAUGCUGCUUAUGCCGGUGCGGCGCUGGUCGCAGAUGAGUGGCAGUAUCUUUCGAAGGAGUUCGCCGAGGGAGUCGACAGCUUCAAUAUGAAUAUGCACAAGUGGCUGUUGGUUAACUUUGAUGCCAGUUGCCUCUUCAUUCGCAACCGCGAAGACCUCACCAACGCCCUGGACAUCACCCCUGCCUACCUGCGCAAUCACUACUCCGACUCCGGCAAGGUUACCGACUACCGUAACUGGAGCAUGUCUCUGGGCCGUCGGUUCCGUGCCCUGAAGAUCUGGUUUGUCAUGCGCAGCUACGGUCUCACCGGCAUGAAGGACUAUAUCCGCAAGUCCAUAGGACUGGGAGAGACUUUUGCGGGUCUGGUCCGCAGUCGGGCUGAUCUGUUUGAGAUCAUCACCACUCCUGCCUUCGGGUUGACUGUGUUCCGAAUUAAGAGCCCCAAGUCGGGGACGACGAUGGUGGAAGCUGAGAAUGGUGUUCUUGUUGCGCAGCCGGAUGAGGCUGCGAACGAGUUGACCAAGGAGGUGUAUGAAUUGGUCAACUCUCGAGGAGAGAUCUUCAUUACUUCGACCGUUAUCUGUAAGGUUUAUGCUAUUCGGGUUGUGAGUACGAACCCGGCAGCCGAGGAGAAGUACGUUAGGAGGGCAUUUGAGAUUUUGGUCGAGACGGCGGAGGAGGUCAUUAAGCGGGGGUAG